UUGAAUAAUCUGAAAUUGUUCACAGAGAAAGAACAUUGGUCACAUGUAACAUCUCAGAUUUCAAGUGUUUUUUUGAUAAUGUAAGAAAUUUUCGACUCUGAUGAAUUUAUUGGAUUUUGAAAAUUACACCAGUACAAUAAUAUUCCGCCAUUAAAUUACGGUUUGCUCAAUUACGAGCAAUAUCAAAUCAAAUCAAACAGUCCCUUGCUCCACCAUAAUGUAUGAAAACGAGCCAUUAUCUGUUGACGAAGAAUGCCACGCUGUGCCAAUUUCUACCAGUUCAUCAAGAGUGGCAGAUCUUCAGAAGCAGCGACGGACGUUAGAAUAUCUGUUAAAAAUGAGCCAACACAAGCGAUCUGAAAAGGUUUUACCCGAUGAGUUACUUGUUUCUGAAACAAUUCGUGCAUCGGUAUCAAAUUCCGAUAACGAUUUUAUGUCAACGAAGGUAUUAAAUACACUUUGUCAAGAACAUGACAAAUCGGGCGAUUGGAAGGACACUGUGGAUGUUUGGAACACGCAGGCUACAGUAAAUCAUGUGCCGGAAAUUCUACCUUAUAAUAAAACAAAUACAUCGGAAUGGAAAUGUAGAAAUUUAUACAGCAUGUCUAAUUCGAAUCGUUACAACGGAUGGAAUACUGGUUACACAGACAUUACAGAAAGUUUACGAGAAGAACUGGCAAAAAGUCGAGAGAAAAAUGUAUUAUUCAACGUUCGCGAUUAUUUGGCUGGUUAUCAAGAAAGCCAUGGGACGCCAAAAACGGAAUAUUCUUUUGCUGCCCUUAUAAGUGUUAUGGGGCAGACUACGGGGCGCGCUUUGAUAGCGCUUUUUUAUAUUAUAGUUAAUAUAGCGCCGGUGGCAGAGGUUUUUCUCUAUAUUCUGCGAUUUGUUCUCGACAAGGUCAUUAACAUUAUGAAUACCUCGGACAAGCAACAAAUUUUUGUCAAGUAUCUAGUUCUCGGAUUGCAGAUACUUGCAAUUUAUAUUUGUCUGGCAUUUAUUUUUGGCUUUAUUAUUGCACCAAUUAUAUACAUGGUCAUUGAGAUUCUUAGCAAAAUUAUGCUGUUCAGUUAAAUGAAUAUA